UUUCUCUCAUUUCUUACUCUGAAUUUUUAAUAAAAUGCCAACCACACUCGGCAAGAAUCUCCAUCUCUGCUUCUCCAGGAUCAAGCGCCCAGAAUUCCCCAUGUCCCAACCUGACGAUCACAGCCGUCCAUUGCCCACCGCCUCGGCCGCCCUCAUUAAGAACUUCAACUCCAUCUACGACCUCACCGCCGCCACCUCCAAGUCCCACAGUGGCUCCGUGGACGACGACGAUCACUCCUCUGACUCGGACUCCGACUCCGACUCCGAAGCCAAAGCCACCGCCACCCCCGACUUCGCCACCGUCUACGCCUCCCAGCGCUUCUUCUUCUCCUCCCCGGGCCGCUCCAACUCCAUCAUCGACUCCUCCUCCUCUUCCUCCUCCACCUCCCAGUCCUCCGACACCCCGCCGGAGUCCGAAUCCCCCAUCACGGGGGGCAUUGCCAUCCCCACCUACUCCCCGGAUCCGUACAUGGACUUCCGGCGAUCCAUGCAGGAGAUGGUGGAGGCACGUGACUUGAUCGACGUGAGAGCCAAUUGGGACUACCUCCACGAGCUCCUCCUCUGCUACCUCUCCCUCAACCCCAAAACCACCCACAAGUACAUCGUGGGCGCUUUCGCAGAUCUCCUCGUCACUCUCAUGUCGCCACAAGGCUGCGCCGUCAGGGAACCCGACCCCGACCCCGACCCCUCCAGCGGCGGCGGCGGUUGCGACAACAUUCCACGGCGAUUCAUGUAAUGUACUACUGGCAACUGCAGUUGUUCUUUCAUCAGAUAACAUUAAUUAUUAUCUAAUCUUUUUGUAUCAUCUAAUUUAUUUUUAGCAGUAGAUAUAAAAACAUAAACACAAAUAUAAAUAUCUGUGGGUGUGAAGAAGUGAUGAUUGGUCCUUUCAA